AUGAGCUCCCCAGAUGAUGAGGUAUCUGUUUUGGUAGCAGGUUUCGGCUCAGAGCGCGGAGAGCAGACCAGCAGCCUUGAGGCCGGCUCCGCAGCCCGGUGGGGACCCGGCCCCGGCCCCGAUCUGCGAGCACUGCGAAGCGGCGAGGGUGAGGGUGGGGAUGGCUUCCCAGACCCUGAGGGCUUCGAGUCAGAGCGGGAGGUGCUGGAAGCUGGAGGGCCAGUGCUGUGGGGCCACAAAAGCCGGCCUGGCUUCCCAGCCGACGACCAGGGGGACACCCUGCAGCUGGCUGACGAGUCAGUGGCGGCCAUACUGCAGCAGCUGGCCGACCUGAAUGUGCUGGGCACCCGCAGAUACCUGUCCCAGGAGAGCUACAUGGUCAGCGAAGUGUCUGCCUUACAGGACCUCGAGGCGCGUUCCUGCAGUUGAGGCACGGCUGCCCAGAGGUUUGGGGAAGCUGCACAGGGUGAGGACGGCCCUCUCCAGGUCGGUGGGCCCAAGGCGUGCUGGGCCUGGGGGAACCCUAAGAGAGGCACUAAGAGUAGGUUGAACGUGGCUGUGGAUCGUCAGUGGCCCCCCUCAGAAAGCCCAGCCAGGCUGCUGUCCGACCCUGAGUCCUCUGAUGUGUUCGGUGAGAUAGAGCAGAUGAGGGUGAGAUAUCCCAAAGACGGAGGCCAGGCCAAGCUCAACAGACCCGAGGACCCCGGGAACACACCCAGAUGCUCGAAUGUCCAAGGCAGGGAGAAUCUCCUUAAUGUGCCAGGCACUUGCCUGUCCUCGGCUCCGCCAGGAUUAAUUUCGGUUGUGGAAAGGCAGGGCAGGCAGGGCGAUGCAGAGCAAGAGGACACCUCUCCCCCUAUGAAAAUGUAGAACGUGCUCUGGGGGAAGGGGGGCAGCCUGCCCAGCUACCCGAGAGUAGCAUUAGCAUCAGCUCCUGCAGCUGCCACUACAGGCAGCCUGCCGUGGUCCACUCCUAGGAGGAAGGGGGUCCAGGAGAAGAAAUCCCUUGGGGGUGUCUCCAAACCUGCCAUGGGGAGAACCUUCCCUUCCUGGGGGCAGGGCAUCUCAGCCACUCCCCUGGAACUGGCCACCUUCCCCCCAAUCUCCAGCAUCCUGCUGCUCCUUAGGUCCAAGAAGUAUGCCUUGAUCCCUUGGGGAGCUGAAGAAUCCAAGCACACUGGCGCUGGGAAGAAAUCCAUGGCUAGGCGGGCCCGGGAGCCGGUGGCAGCAAUGGCGGUGUCCAGAAAAGACAACGACCCAAAUAGAGACCCAUUCCCAAAGGGCCAACUGACCACUGACAGGCCAUGGCCAUCUUGUCCAUGGAUGCAUCAUGGAAAACCCAGCAGCGCCAACCUCAACAUCAGAGGUGCACAGGAUUCAGGCAAAUCAGAGCCCAUGGCCAUGAACAAGGUAGAAGUCACGCCCAGAGGGCCUGGCCCCUCAGAUGAGUGUGACCAGGAACCAACUGACCAUCCCCAAAGACCGAAAAGGCAGCAGCAGCCAUGCGGAAGGCAGGGCUGUCCUCGGUGUCUGGUGCUACAGAGAGAAAUAGACGAUGUUAAGGAGCAACUAGCCUCCAUGCGGUACCUGGCUGACAAGUUCCAGAUCAUUUGA